GGCUCAGAUCAAGGGAUAUGCAGGAGAGAACUUGAACAGGGAAGAAAAUCAUGCCAGCGUCUUUGAGGAAACUGCAGCAAAUGGCUAUUUAUCUGGGAAUUGUAUCCGGUGGGGGAUGUUCUCUUAUGUAUUACUUCAUGCAGAAGAGCUUUGCCAGAACACAGUACUAUCAACAGGCUCUUGAGCAGCUCCAUAAGGACCCAGAAGCCCUGGAGGCACUUGGCGCUCCUCCUCUUAAAGUACAUUACCUCAAGCUGACAGACAAGCACAAUUGUGUUGAUGAAUCAAGAGCGCAGAUAAAGAUACCAGUAUCUGGAACAAAGACAGCUGGAUACCUUCACGUGAAUUCAGAAAAAGACUUCUCCCUCAAUAGCUGGCGUCUGCAGGCAGCCACGCUACAACUCUCAAAUGGCCACCAUAUACCUGUGUACUGUUCAUCGAUGAAGAACACUAUUCAGGAUGAUGUGUGA